AUGGAGGACGACUUCCACGUGGACGAGGAAUACAUCAAGCAGCUGUCGGAGAAAUAUAAAAACGCCGAGCACCCCCUCUUCAUGGAUGAGCUGCCGGCCAACAUUGAAGAAAAUGAAGACCUGCAUGCUCUCUACAAUUUAAUGAUAGACGAUGAAGACGAACUAAGUUUGGCCAAAAAUUUUAAACAAGUCGGAAAUGAUUACUACCAGGAUGGAACCAAAUAUUUUGAGGAUGCCAUAAUUAGCUACACCAAGGGUAUAGAUAUACUGACCAAGUAUUGGGAAAAUAAGAAUUUGGAAAAACGCAAGGCACAGAGGGGUAAACUGACACAUGACAGUAAGAGUUCUGCCCCCGGGAUUACCAAUUCUAACGCGCAAAAUGUCAGCUCCAAAUGGAUUAGCAACGGUAUAGGUACCGCAAAUGGGGAGAUUGGCGCCGGGGAGGAGGCAGUUAAAUCUGAAGUUAAGGAAGACUCCUCUUCUGAUAGGAAGGGCGCGGAGAUAAGCAUACAAAAUGAAGGUAAUAACCGUGAUGGCCACAGUGAUGGUAAACGUGAUGACGAAAUACGGGGCGUCCUGGCCGACCUGCACUGCAACCGAGCAAUCGUCCACUACAAGAAGAAGCGCUACGUGAAAUGCCUGCAGGACUGCCGAAAGGCAUACACCUUUAACCAGACAAAAUUCAAAAGCGUGUACUACAGCAUCCUGUGUUCCUACCACUUGGAACUAUACAAAGAUGCCCACAUGUAUGUUAACCUUUUUGAAGACAUGACAAAAUCGGUUGAUCUGAAAAACCAUAUCAAUUUGAACGAGUAUGAAAAGAUGAAGGAAAUUAUUUUCAAAAAAUACGAUGACAUUUUAGAAAGAAAAAAAAUAGAUCAAAAUGAAAAAAGAAAAGCCGAGGAAAACGAAAAAAACGUUGCCAAUCUUGUCCAAGAUAUUUUACAUAAAAGGAACAUUCAGAUGGUUGAAAAUGUAUACCAGCAAACGAACAAUGUCCUCCCUGUGCUCUACGUAGAUUCCUCUAUGUACAUUCACUUUACCGUUUACUUGCUCUAUUUUGAAUGGGGAAUCAUAGAAACGAUUAUCGACUUUGCGGAAAAUCAAUCCAUCAUGGACCACUACGAUAUUGUAAAGAAGAACAAAAACAACCAUCUCCUUUUUUGCUAUAUCGAAUUCCCCGAUGAUGUUUUUUUCAUGAUUAAUAGCAGCUCCUACAUUUGUGACGUCCUCAACAGGGCCAAAUUAUUCUCCCCCAUUCUGUCCAUACACAUUAUCGAGAAUGAGGAGGCCAACCGACAAUUCAGGAGUGGCAAAACGAUUAAGUCCAUUCCGCUGUGA